AUGUCCGCAUUGAACGAACACGCUACAUUCCCACCUAACUUCACUUCGGGCUCCACUGAUUCACAGAGUGCACUUCCUUACACGCCGGCUGCCAACGAGUGUAAAGCUGCACCGAAGGAGACGCUCAACCAGCUGCGAUCGUCAUUUAAUCUUCCGGAGUCCGGCUCCACACCUUCUCAGCUUCCAGUUCAGAUGCAAUACGCUGGGACAAAUUCAGUUCCCUUUGUACCGCAACAUAUGGCUGCCAUGCCUCAUGGCAUGACUUCACCACUGCACAAUCAGCCCGUUGUGGGUGCCAUGACUCAGCCAUUUCCUAUGGGUCAGCCAUUCCCAUGUGGACAACCAAUGAUUGGCCCGUUCGCGGCUGCACAAAUGCCGUUCGCUGCUGCGCAGUUCCACAACAGAGGGUCACAAUGUUACACAAGAGCAGCUGGCCGCUGCGUUUCUCCCGCAAGAACAUCGACCAAACCAUGUGGAACCGCCCGAAUUCAACAAUGUCCGAGCCCGCAGGCAAAUGCACCAUCUGGUGGAACUAUUGCCCCUCCGCCACCACCAGCCAGACCAGUUCAUCGACGUAUCAGUCAGUCCGCUCAACCGUCUUCUUCUGAUUGGCCUGAAGAGAAUAAAGAGAACGGAAGCACGGAAGAACCUGUUUGGGUACUACGUGAUUCGUAUUUGAAACGAAUGCAGCGUGAAAUGAAAGAGGAAGAGCAUUCCCAGGAAUGGAACGGUGAUGCAAAUGCAGCAGCUUGUGCAUCAUCAACGGCAGCGGAAACGCCUGUGGACGGCGAUGAGAUGGAGACCGACCGGCUCCUCCAUGGUGGAUCGACUGCUGGCUCGCAGCCCCCUCCAUCCUCCACAGGCCAUGGAAAGAAGAAGAACAGCAAAGAG